GCGGGGUUUUUGCGUCGUGUCGUCUGUUGGUGAAGUGUCGUCUGCUACGCGCCGCUGCGGGGAUGAGUAACCAGGAUCGUUCAGCAGGUAUCCUGAACUAGCGAACGGCUACGUCGAGAUGGGAGAGCGUCGCUGGUCUGGUGUCACAACCCAGGAAGCUGUCCGCGAGGGUACCUGUUUCGGUCCCCUGCCGUCCAGCAUAGGAGGCUUGGACCCACUCGCCUCCAUGGCAUGGUUCUGCACCGACAGGACGCCAACACCAACAAAUACCAUAAAGGUUUCGCCCAAGGAAGAUGAUGCGAGCCAGUGGCUGUGUCAAGUGACUCCCGCGCGAGGCCCUCACGAGCAAACAGUGGAGGUGAUCGCUCAAGACGGCCAACUUUUCCUGCGUGCAAUGCGCGAUCUCCAUCGUGGUGACCAACUUCUUGCCUGGUUCGGCAAAGAGCUAGCCAACGUCCUUCGUCUACCCGAGAUCACACCCACUCUCGUCGACGGUGACAAAGCCUACCAGUGUGCAUUGUGCAACGAAGCCUUCUGCUUCCCGUUCCCCGUCAUCUCCCACCUGAUGUAUCGCUGUCCCGCUAGGAAUCCAGGCAGUCUCCUGGGAACCAGUCCUGAGCGGCAGCUUCCUGCGCCGAUGUCCAGACGCGUAAAGGGCUUCGACAUUGCGUCGUUGACCGACACCGCCAUCGAAAGUCCUAAUACGCCGCCUCCAUCGGAACACUUGUCUGCCGACCGUCUCACCCCUCCGGACUCCGAACAGACGGCCCUCAUUUCGCGGCGGAAACCAUCGCCCGAUGCUCCCGCGUUACCCGACGUCAAACGUCCGUCCCUCGCGGAUCAACUUCGAGCGUCAAUCGCUGAAUCAAAAUCGUCGCAGAGAGCAUUAGACCGGCACACGUCCCUGCCGGAGCAGGACUUCAAGCCCAACGAUCUGUCUCGUAAAAGAAAGUCCGAGGACGACCCGACAUCCUUUCCGCCACAAAGCGCUUUCAAGAAGGUCGAUAAGACGGAUCGUACGGCACCUCAGGGCCUAGGAGUCUCUGCCUCAUUCCCUUACCCUCUCCCUGGAUUGUGUCCACCUUUCCUGACAAUGUCCACACUGGACAGCCGACUUAAGAGCGACGAAGACGGCGGCCGGAGGUUCCUUGCUGCAGCCUACCCACCCCUGGUGCCAUAUAUGCCACCGUCCCUGGCGGCCUUGUCGCUUCCAUCGCAGAACUGGUGCGCGAAGUGCCAGGCCAGUUUCCGCAUGACCAGCGACCUGGUGUACCAUAUGCGGUCGCAUCACAAGCGGGAAGUGGACCCGGCCAAGAAACGCAGGGAGGAGAAGCUGCGAUGCCACAUUUGUCACGAGACAUUCCGCGAGAGACAUCAUCUCACGCGGCACAUGACUUCGCAUCAGUGAAGCCUACACUUCCUGUAGAGACGAUAUUAUAAUCUGGGUGCUACGUUUUUGUGUACCUUCUGUGUGCAUUUAGAACACAUUUCCAUCAGACGACGUUCCGGAAGCGGUGACCUUGAAGCAUUUUUGUUCCUGUACCGAAAGGGUGCGGGAACCGAUCGCUGGAACCGAUGUACAGAGAUAUAUUGUUAGUCUUGAUCUUAUUGACGCUUGCCAGACUUUCCAGGUUCAGCAUGAAGUGAAAGAGCAUGUACACACGGCUUCUAGUCAGACGAGUGCUAUACAGGUGUACAUAUGGCAAAAGAUUGCAACAACUUUCUACCAGUGCAGCGGCCAGAAGUUGUUGCAUUGAAGUGUUCAAGUGAUAACGUUAUAGUGCAGUACCGUAGCUACCUUAAAGUGCCACUACGGACUAAAAAACACGUUUUCAGAUGUCGUUUUCUAAGUAAACCUCGUUCGAAGGAAAGAAAACGCAAUAAAAUGGUGUCUGCGAACAUUGCAUACCUCAACAGAUUUUCGAGAGAGACCGCGAAAUCUCAUAGUUUCGGAUUCUGCAUGAGUAUAUGACGUCACCGCAAGCUAUGGAAUGUGUCUUCUAGUAACGGUCUCUGCUCUUCACCUUACGCUGAAAGAAUGCCAGCAACUGCAGUGAGGAGGCGGAAAUCGAUUUUAUUUUCGAGGAGCAAUGUUGUCAGACGCCUGGCAGAUUACACACCCUAUGACGUCAUACUUCUUAAAACUAGAAAAUACUUUCAUGACGCGUUCCCGUCAGGCUGUUUCGGGAGAAUAUAAUGCAAGACAGGUGGAUUGCAGUGGCAUAAAUUAGACAGGAUUCCGAAGACACAAGAUUCACACAAGACACAAGAAGUACGCGGCGGCACCUUAGAGGGAAUAUCGCGUCAGUUUCUGUCGAUUUCCAAACUAUAGUGUCGUAUUAUUCCUCGAUGACCACGGUAUCUAAAAUCCCACGCAAAGUACUGGCGUAGUUUGACUGUUAUUCGAUGGAUUGCACGGAAAGAGCAGGUGGCGGAUGUUGAGAGUACGCCGGAAUUCCCUCUUUGAAAUAACAAGGAACCGUCACUCCUUAUGGACCAAUGGGGGCGCGGUCAUGAGAAAAGGAAUCUGAUCUCCAAAAUUCGUGUGUUCUUAAUAUUCAACCACAUUUCGGACAAAAAAAAAAAGACGAGUAGAUUGUCGGGCGGUGCCGAACCUAGUGGUCACUAUAGGAACAAUCCGGGGUAGUUGGUAUAGGUUCAUGAUGGCGAAUAGCAGCAAGAAGACAAGGACAUAUGUAGAAGUAGAUCGCCGCAGUUGUCCCGUCUACUUCUACCUAUAUCCUUGUCUUCUUGCUGAUAUUCGCCAUCAUAAACAUAGUGGUAUCAGUUCACAGAUGGUUUUCCGGAUGAGACCUUUAGAGUGACUAUGGCAUCCAGGAACGUACGUGUGAGACUGAUACGGCGAUGUUCGUCACCGCUUCACAGUCAACUUGGCCAAGUUUCGCUUCCAAAAAAAGCUUACAUAUUAAAUAAACUAUAGUUUGAAAGAUUCGCUCUCCCUCUGCAGCUAACGCCACGAUGACGUAAGCCAUGCACACGAAUGGGAGCGCAGCGCAGGCGAUUAUCUCCGAGGUCGUCUGUUUGGGGUUCGCAUCGCAAUAUGCUAAGUGAAAAGUCCUCGGUGCAUAGGACGACUUUCGUUUACCGGUGUGAGUUCUAACGUGACCUUGCUGGCGUGGAACACGGUGUUGCGCUCCACGUCCGACGCUAAGCAGAAACAACAUUCCGCAAGCCGACCAUUGAGCCUAGUAUUCCGGAUCGCCCGCCCGCCUACUGGCCUGUCUCCAAGGCUACCAAGGUCCCUCCAUCCACUCUCUUAUUGGUCUCGUUCUUGGUAAAGGGCGUUCACUGAUUGGCCUUGCCCAGAUGACGUUUCCAGAAAGGGACUUCCGGAAUAGCCUCAAUAUGUGUCGUCUGCUCUUGCCAUGUGUUACAUCAAACUGCGCAGGAACAACGCCACCAAUAGACCUCUCCCUGAUUUUAAACAAAUGACGUCAUAGUGUUCGACAGCGCCACCAAUUUGGUAGAGUUGAACUACGCUCAAAGCUACGCCGAAAGCUACGGUCUUGAGGGGAUUACGAUGGUCUCUGAAAGGGACACGACCUUCGGUCCUCCUUUUCUUUCCAUAGGAGGCAGCCAACAAGUGCUCAUUCGUGGAACCCAGCCCUCACCUUCCGAUUUGUUUCGGUUUCAGUCUGUCUAUCAACGUCAUGAUGACGUUUCUCGGGUAGAGGUCUAUUGGCGUCGGAUUUUCAUCGUUAUCAUCAAUUAUGAACACGGAGUAAAACGGCACUAUAGUUUUGGAAUAGACCGGGACCGAUGCAAUAGUCCCUUGAACGUUUAAUAUUUUUGUGCAAUGACAGGUCCAAUAUGGAAAAUCGUCUGGACUUAAAAACGUGGACAGCGUUUAUGUACAUGCAUCAGGGUGAGAUAAAACUUGAGUUGGAGUCCAUCCACUGUCAUAGCUCGUUUAUCGACUGACUAUCGACGGAGUGCGAUAGAAAUAGAGUAUUUAGUAAUGGUAGCAUAGCAUUAUUGAUCGUAUGUAUGGUUUAUUUACUAAGGGAUCAACUGGAAGCGACUUGUGGCAAAGCGUGUUUUUCUGUGUGCAAGGACGGCACUCUAUGGCGAGUGUGGUUGGUGAGGAAAAUGUGCAGUGAUUGUGAAAGGGAGAAAGCAGCAAUACAUUAUGUUCGAAAGCAUUAUGUGCGAAUCAAUUUUUAUGUGCGUCCUGGUAGAUGUGGUUCCUCUCUCUAUAGCUCUUUCGCAUGUAGUCUGUAAAAAUUAUACGCUUCUUAGCGAAGCAUUUACAGUUUUUUUUAAUCGUAUUUUUUGGUUGAGAGUUUUUGUGAAAAUGAAUAAAGAGAAGGU